AUGUCCCCUCUGCCGGAUGGUGAUUCAUUUAAUAACGUUGAGGAGAGAACGCUGCUUGAUGCGUUACUUGGAGUAGAGGAAAUGGAGGAAAUCGUACCACCACUAUCACUAUCAUCAUCAACAUCAACAACAACAACUCGUAUGGAAUCAACUUCAGUAUUUUCACGAUUAUUCAUGGUGGGUGGAUCGUUGUUUUCGCGUAAACGAAUAACAACAAUGUUACGAUUCCGAAAUUCACGUCUGCGUGGAUCCUUUCUCUCAUGGCUGGACUACGGUUCCAUCUAUUGCCCCUUCACAAGACAAUUCGUUUCCCUCCGUUCGCCGCACUGGGCCCAUCUUGUGGAGGCGGGAUUUGGAAUUGACACUCAACUGCGUCACGGCCGACGUGUUGUUUUGCUGCGCCCGCAUCGAUUGCAAACAUUGGCGUUGGAAAUGCAACAACUGGCAGGGAAAACACAUGUAUGUGUGGAGAAUGAGAGAAGGAAGAAUCCAUCAGCGCGGUGGAGUGCAUCAUUACAGCAAUCGCUUGGUGUGCUUUUAGAAACAACACCGGCGGAGGAAAAGAUGGCUCUGGCGCAGAAGGUGAGGGAUGUACUCCGUGAGGAAAGUUGCAGUAAUAACUCUCGCCGAAUACCAUUGGGAUUCUACGAUUUUUCACUCGGCAAAAGACACUCCUUUAUUUGUUCUUCUAUACCGUCUUCAACAAGGAGAAAAACAAAUGCUACCUGUAUAGGAAAAUCUGAUAAUUCUGCUUAUAAUAAUGACUAUACAAAGUCGAUAGUGGCGUUUGGAGAAAUAUUUUUGAAACAAUCCUUGAUGUGGCGUACAGCUGUACUACAACAACGGAAAAAACUAUCAAUUGAUAAGAAGGAUGAUUCUGUUAAGAAAUCUUUAACUGUUUCUCAUACGAUAGUGACUACAUCAAAAAAUGAUAAUGAGAUGAUUAAUCGGUAUUCUACACUAAAUUCUACUUCAUUCUUGAUUCCAAACUCUCGCCUAGCAUACUUAUCUGUCGCAUAUAAGCCAGAAGUUUCACUGGUAGAAAUUGUCGUGGACGCGCUUCUGCGAAGAUAUAUCAACAGUGAUAUUCUCUAUUGCCCUUUGGAACACUGUGUGGAUUACGCCUCAGUAACAGAUGUCUUGGCGUAUCCAGUGCGAUGGAGUGAAAGUGGUGCACUGAUGUUGGGAAUUGGUAUCCCAUUACUUCACGUUGGAAUACAUAAUGAUAGACAAAAUAACACAUUAACUGAUAUUUCUAGCACCGCUUCUUCUAAAACCAAUAGUAGUAGUGAUAAUAAAAAUAAAAAUGAAAAAAAUAAGAACAAUACUACUGUUGUUAUUGGUAAUGCCCACCUUCUUACAAGGCGUGCGAUUGCUCGUUUACUGGACCAGUGGACACGUAACAAAGUUGCAGAUACUGCUAUUAACUGUGAUUAUAACUCCAGAAAAGGGAAUGGGCAGAUAAAAAGAGAACUACUUUUCAAUGCUUGUGAACCAUUACGUGUAGUCGGUUCUGGAGCCUCUCUAUUUGGUGAUGUUUCUGCAAUCUUUGUCGGAUACUCUCCUUCUCAGUGGUCUCAUCCUCCCUCUAAGUCUGAUGGAAAUGUAAUUGCACACAUUCACACUGAAAAUGCUAAUGUACGAAUUCUCUCUCCCAAAUCAGAGGCUAUUUUUUUUCUUGAAGAACCUAUUGUUGCUGCACUUCAGCGUGUAUUGAGUAUAUUUCAGGAAAGUAUGAGUAGAGAGGAACAAAAGUCUUUUAUUGAAUUACUUUGUGAUGCCAGAUAUUAUAUGACUACUACUAUAUCAGGUGAGGUAUGGAGAAUGGCUAAAGUGGGGUCAAAUACCAGUAAAAGUAUUGUUGAGAGUCAGAAAUACUAUAAAGAUGUAGAGAAAGAAGAAGAUGUGAUUUUACAGUUAUGUGAGGCUUAUGAAGCAUUUCUAAGUUUACCUGUUAAAAGAAAAGGAAUGAAUUUUUCACCAUAUGAAGAAUUAUUUCUUCGCUACCCAAAUUUUGCAACAAUGCGUGUACGACAUGAACUCCUUCGGGAGUUUCCAUUAGAAGUUGAGAUAUUGGAAGGUGGUUCUAAGUCUCUCUCUUUGACAUUUCACGAUUCUAUGUCUCUUCCAUCAAAAAAUCUUUUCUCAUGCGCUGAAUUGAAUCCUAUUGUGUUGGAGAGUCGUUGUUUAGCAUGGCAACGGGCAUGUGCGGACCACGAUACUCUGAAAAAGGCAUAUGCUAUUAAUAAAACAUUAUCUCGUGUAGCACUUGGUUUGGAAAAUCGUUCCAUGGUUUCAAGCAUACCCUCUCACAUAAAGGGAACUUCUUCUCAACAACAACAACAACAAAAACAACAACAACAACAACAGUUGCUUGAACAAAGUUAUGAACCCCACUUUGAACCUGUUGUAUUACUUGGCUGCUGGACGCAUACCCUUCUCUUCUGUGCACCCAUGGUUGCAGAUGUGAUUCCAUUGGGUCGUCUUCUUUAUCUUGAUCUUGUUACGAGAGCGCAACGUACAGGAGUUUUUAAAGUGAUGGAUAUAGAUGUGUUUCAUAUUGAUUACGUUUCUUAUCCUCCUGAUCGUCGUUGUCGUUUAUUUGGCACUAGACUACGUUUUCUUCCAAAUAAUGAUAGGGAUAUUGCCUUUACAGCACGUCAGGCGGCGACUGAGGCGUUACAGCAAGCACUUGUUAAGAGUGCUGUCGAGGCACGUUUAUUUCCCUUGUGGACGCACAGUUUAACCCCUUCAUCUCAGCAUAAAAAACAUGAAAAAGUUGUUUUACAAGAGAAACAUGAGAAGAAAGUCGAUGGAUUUCUCGCUCAUUUUCGAUUUGAAGAACUAGAUGAGAUUGUAUCAGCUGCACAACCUGUCUUUGUAGAAAGACGAUUGUUUGCGUUAGCUGUGGCGCAGUGCGCUCCGCUUCGCCUCACUGUAGGCACUCAAGUCGUAUUACUACAAGAUCUUUCUCCAUGUUUAAAGCGUGGUGUACGGUGUCAAGUGGUCCGUUUUGUUACAAUUGAGAUGUUGAUGUCUGGUGAGAAUCUCUCUUCAUCAGGGCAUCAACAAUCUUGGUCAAAGGCAGACUAUAUGCUAGCUCAGCAAUAUAUUGAACAACAGAAGGGCAGUAACGCGUUUCCUGUGGUGCGGCUCAUGUCUAGUCGUUGUCAUAGUGAUAUUAACGCGAGUGAUAAUAUAUUAGAGGGUACAGAGGCGGUUGUACUCCCUGCUGAAACUUUAGUGGGAGGCUACCGCUCACUUCAUCACUACGCAUUACCAACACUGCACCUCCCGCUGUUGUCUCCCUGUCAGUACGUUGCGGCAUCAACGCUGUUUCAUCCAUUGUUUGCUCAUACUGACAAUUUAAUGGAAUUUACGUCAGUGGAAACUCGCAAAAAGGCCAUGACUAAGAUGCUGUGCUCCUCCACACUCUCUUCAUCCUCGUCUCUGCAGUCAGGUGGUGUUGCCUUUUUUGAGGACAUUGUGUUUGCAGAGCCGGAUGCUGCCGUGGCCCACGAGAAUAAGAAGGAACCGCAACAACAACAACAGGAACAGGAACAGGAACAGGAUCCCUCCGUUUCACGUGUGGUUUGUUGCGACGUGCUUUCUGCCCUUUCACUCUUCCCUUUAAGGCCGAUCUGA